UUUAAGAGCUCUAUCCAUGGUAAUAAAGAACUUUCUCUAAUAUCCUAAAAUUUUCCUGAAAAUCUUGACCAACUGAUUUCUCAGAGUUGAAAUCUAAGGCAAAGUACACGACUUUUGAUAAAUCUAUCGAUUUACUUCAUGUUAGCCGUAAAUAUUUCAUACACAAAUCUUAUUUUAAGGAAAUUUUAUGUAUUUUAAAGUUUUCAGCGUGUAUUGUUGAACUUCUUAUAGUUAUUUCAAAGGCGAAAAUGAACUAAAACCAAACAUCUGUUGACAUUUGUUGCCGUGCACUUUACCGAAUAAGUCACGUGGGUUCUCCACCGUGAGAAGAGUAAGAACUAACUGAUCCGAUUACGAUAGUUGUAUGCCUGAGUGAUAAAUUUCAUGUAAACGCCACAGCAAAGCACAUUAACAGGUGCGUUUAAUUAUCAUGUUUACAAAUCGUCAGGCGUGCAUGAAUACAAGUUCGGUGAUAUUCUGAUUGUUAUCAUCAUUUUAGUCCCGUGAAAGAACACAUAUUUUCCCAUACAUUUUAAAAGUAAAAUAAUUAAGUAUAGAUCUAUUUGUGUUAAGUUACAAUAUUUUAUUAACUUAUCUAGAUACUGUUAAGCAUAGCAUGGAGACAGUUUCAGUCUCCGCAUGUGGUUAAAUAUACCGGUGAGGUGCGCAAGCCUUUCUGGUCAACGCAAUAUCUCAAUUAUUCAGCGGAUUGGAUGUUAAAUAGAGACGCCACCCAUCAACCCAGAUCUGUUUGUUUAUUUAAAUCAAAUACAAGUAUUGAUUUUUGGAAAAUAAUAAUAAAAAAAAAAUAUCGGGACUAACAAUGUUAAUUAAGUUUAACAGUUUAAGUCUUUCAAAUUCGGAAAGAAGUUGGAAUACAUGUGGAAUAAAUAUCAGUUUUCCUUUGACUUUUUCGAUGGUCAUGGCCUGAACUAUAUCGCUAGCUUCAAAAGUGACGGUGACUAGGUCGUUGUACGCUGACGGAAGUGACGUUUACUCUAACGCAACACGGAACGUCACAUCAGCAUGGAGCUUCUUUUUGCGGUGGAAGCGUUCACGCAGGUCAUCACGUACCUGAUGAUCGUUGCUGGCGUGUCGCCAGUGCUAAGCAUGCUCCGAAGUGGCGACACCAGCGGAGUACCCUACCCGUUCUUUCUAGCUGGUCUUGUCAAUUCCGUGAUGUCUAUAGGCUACGGCUUACUAGCAGAUCACUCUACGAUUCUACAAAUCAACGUUAUUGCCACAGCGUUCAAUAUAUUUUACGUGGCAUCGUACAUUAUAGUCUCCAAACGAAAGUCCUCCGCAUUCGGACAGUUCAUAUCAUGUUGUCUGGUUGUUGCGUGUGUUUACUUCUACGUGACGCGUGUAGCACGUGCAGAGACCCGGAUGGACAAUAUUGGAGUCAUACUGCUCACGUGGUGUACCGUCCUCCAAAUUACACCAUUGCUGGAUGUUAAAGAGUGUAUGGCCCGCCAGUCCGCAGGAAGUUUGUCGCUCGUGAUGAUGUUUGCCGGCACGCUAUGUUGCAGCUGUUGGUUCCUGUAUGGUUUCCUGCUGAAAGACUUCUACAUAUACGCUCCUAACGUUGUUGGUGUGUUUUCAUACGGUUGUCAGAUGGCGGCAAUUGCGGUUUACGGCAGGCAGCCUAUCAAGACACGGAUAGACUAAUUACUGGCAAAACUCGCUAUGUCGAAGUCAUUUGGACCUCGGGGAAUACUUCGAGAAAACGAACAUUCGAUGUAACCGAAAUACGAAACGUGUACAACUAAUCCCAACAUAUCCGAAAUAAGCUCGACAUAACCAGAACAUCGAGAUAUCGAUGUAGCAAGUUUCCACUGUUGUAUUUUUAAAAUGUUUUCAACGUCCUCAGGUUAUCAUUCAUCAAGUUGGCAUUGUUGAUUUAUGGUGCUUACAUGUUUUUAACUUAUCAGUUUAAAGGGGCUAGACACCAGAAUAUACAAUUGCAAGAAAAAAAUAAUUUGACAUACACUUACAUACAAUUUAUAUCGUUGUGUAUAACGCCUUUGAUCUAACUAACUGAUGUAUCACAUCGUUUUAGACAAAUUUAUUUUUUCGCAGUUUUUGCGUAUUUUUCCUUUUCAAAAUCUUCUUGGUUUGCAUACGCCGUAAGUCCCAGUAAGUUUAUGUGUCGGUAUGUUUCAUCUAAAUAUACACACUUCACUGCUUCCUAAAAGGACGAACAGUGCAAGGAAGCGGAAAACUGCUGCAAAACAACAUAGACACGGAGCCCGACAGAUUAACAUCGGCGAUGAAAUUGAUUGAAAGAAAUAAACGCUGCUGAAAUUGACAGCGAGUUGGCUUAAACGCUUAUUGACAGGUUAUUGUGUGAAACGAUCACGUUACUUGCAAUGUGUUCGGAAAUUAAAAAAAUCCGAGCUUUUUAAACGGGGAAGCCAUUCCGCGCUGUUUUUAAACGGGGAAAAUCAGCUGUGACUGCGUGUGGGCCGACACGAUUGAUGCGUUUAUUCUUGAAAUCAUGUAUAAUGGUGUAUUACCGGCCACAUACUAGCUCGUAAUGACAGUUCAAGGCUUGUUUUGGAAAUAAUGUAUUUGCCGAUUUUUUGGACCAUCUGGUCUAGUAGUCCCUGUGAGAAAUCAAAAUGGUCCCUUUUUCCAGAAAGGUCAUUUGUUGUAUUGUUUUGUGUUAUAAAUUGUACAUUUACCGGUAUCUCUACUCUUGUUUUUAUACAAAUGCUAGUUUUAUUUUGCACUGUGUACUUGUUUUAUUAAACAGUAUGUUAUUUUG